CCGGCACUGCUGCCUCCCUGCUUGCCCCCCUUUUUCCUCUUUGCAUUUCCCCGCGAUGAGCAUCAUAUCCCCUGACUGUGUCCGGCUUAUUGCCGAUCAAAAUGAUGUGGCCCUGGCGGAUGACGAUUCGGCCGCUGCCCUUGCGCUGGAUCUGGAGACCCACCUGCGCUUGGUAAUCCAGGAGAGCCUGCAAUUUAUGAACCACAGCAACCGGUCUCGGCUGACCGUCGACGACGUGUCUAAGUCUUUGCGUGUGUUGAACAUCGAACCUGUCCUCGGGUUCUCCGGACGCGAGCCGGUUCGCUUCAAGAAGGAGACCAUUGCCUCGUCGUCGAUUGUCACGCUGGAGGCCGGCGGGUCGACGGCUCCGGGGACUUCGAGCACCGGCGGUGCGAGCGCCGCGCCGCCCGGCACCUAUGAGGUGUACUCGGUCGAGGAUGAUGAAGUGAACCUGUCGGAGCUGCUGUCGAUCCCCCUGCCGCCGCUGCCGAUUGAGAUCAGCUAUACCGCGCAUUGGCUCGCGGUUGAGGGUGUUCAGCCGGCCAUCCCCCAGAACCCUACCCCCAUCCAUGUGGACUCAUCAAAGCCCCUGAACGCCGAGGCCCUGUCCACGGACGAACGCGUUGAGGUCAAGCCUCUCGUGAAGCAUGUUCUUUCGCCGGAGCUUCGGGCCUACUAUGACCGGAUGAUCAGCUGCAUCCUUCAGCCGGACGAGGCCAUCCGGGAUUCGGCCCUUCAGUGCCUGGCAUCGGACUCUGGCAUCCACCCGCUGAUUCCCUACCUGUCGCAGUUCAUCACCGGCACUGUGUCUUCCAAUGUCCGGCACCUGCCAGUCCUCCGGUCCAUGAUCCAGAUGGUGGCCGCCAUCCUCUCCAACCCGGGGAUCUUCAUUGAGCCUUAUCUGCACCAGCUGAUGCCAGCCAUCCUCACUUGCCUCGUGGGCAAGACCCUGUGUGCCGACCCGGCGAAGGACGAUCACUGGAGCCUGCGCGAGGCGGCAGCUGAUGUGGUAAAGACCAUCAUCGUGAAAUACGGUCGGGCAUACCAUACCCUUCAGCCGCGGAUAUCGCGCACCCUGCGAACGGCCCUGUUUGCCGGGCUGACGGCUCCCGGGGCCGAGCUACCGAUCGACACGCCGAUGGCCGAUGCCCCCGCCCCGGCCGAACCCAAUGCGGCUCCUGGGACCGAUGCCACCGGUGCCGGGACCACUGCCGCCGCCACCGCCACCGCCACCACCACCACCCCCGCCACCACCCCCGCCCCGGCUGCGGCUCCCGCUGCGGCGUCGGCUCGGCCAUUGACCACGCGCUUUGGUGCCCUUCGCGGCUUGGAGGCCCUUGGGCCGGAGUCCGUGCGCCUGCACAUCCUCCCUUUCGCCGCGGCCCUGGCCGAGUCCUUCCAGGCGCAGCUGGCUGACCGGCUGCCAGCUGAUGCCGGAGACCGAGAGCGAGUCCGUGCUCGGCGCCGGGAUGCUGAUGCCCGCCGGUGCCUCGGUGCACUGGUGGACACGGUUGGGCGCCUCCUCCGGCGGGAUCUCCAGCAGCUGUCGGCUCUGGAGUUGCGCGCCAUGCUGGCUGGAGAGGGCGGCACCGGCCCCAAUGAUGUGAGCUCGGUCAAGUCCCGGACGGCGCACUUGAUUGGGGAUUCGCAACUGGCCGGCGAACUGGUCGACGCACUGGGUGCCGAGGCACUGGCCCCCUUCGUCCGAGUGACUCUUCCCGGACCCGGUGGCCAAAUCCCUGGCCCUGCCGGCCAUCGUGGCUCGGAUUCUGUCAUUGUCUGA